CAUACCUAUUUAUAAUUGUUGUAUCUGACGAUCUUUGCCUGAUAGUUAAGUGGUAUGGAAUCAUGCGGAUAGUGUCUCCCUAUUCACUGUGCACUCUAGUGCUCGUGUGGACGGUGCUCUUCCUGGCCGUAAUGAGAUACCUACUCUAUAGUUCACAACAGAGUUGGUACAACAAUGAACAGGACACUUUAUUGAGUGGUGUAGAGUUUAGAAUAGACAAUUUUGAUAAGAGAAAUCUGCGACAAUUGAACGAACUUUACUCAGAAAUGCGGAGAAUGGAAGGACUAAUAGCUGCUCAGCCAUCAUGCUGUAACCAGAGCAGAGGGGAUUCCCCCGUGGUGUCCAAUGAGAAGGGGGGUGUGCUGACAAAGAGGGCAGGGCCUGAUCUACCCAUGCCCAUAUUAGUCAUUGCCUGCAAUAGAGUCGAUUAUCUCAAGCAAACACUUAAUAAGCUGCUAGAGUUUCGUCCCUCGGCUGCCUUGUUCCCUAUAGUAGUGAGUCAGGACUGUGGUCAUGUACCCACUGCCAACGCCAUCGCUGAGUAUGGCACUAAAGUCACACACAUCAAGCAUCCGGACCUCAGUGAGCCUAAAAUCCCCGUUUCCCAACGUAGUAUGAAGAACACAAAAGCUGAGAUUGGAUAUUUCAAGAUCUCUAGACAUUAUAAAUGGGCACUCAGUCAAAUAUUUGAUGUCAUGAACUAUGAAUAUGUCAUCAUCGUUGAAGACGAUCUCCUCGUGGCGCCAGAUUUCUACUCUUAUUUCCAAUCCCUUCGUAAGCUGUUGGACUUUGACCCCAGUGUCUGGUGCGUGUCAGCUUGGAACGACAAUGGGAAGGAUGGAUACAUCGACACCUCCGCUAACGAUCGACUAUAUAGGACAGACUUCUUUCCUGGUUUGGGCUGGAUGAUGAACAAGCUAUUAUGGGACGAAUUCAAACCAAAGUGGCCAACAAAGUUCUGGGACGACUGGGUACGAGAACCGGAUCAGCGAAAAAAUAGAGCGUGUAUUCGUCCUGAGGUGUCCCGCACUAAGACCAUAGGCAAGGCUGGUGUGAGCACAGGGCUCUACUACACUCAGCACCUCCAGUACAUUGUCCUCAACAGCCAACCAGUCGACUUCACCACCAAGAACCUCACCUACCUGUAUCAGAGUGUGUAUGACACUGAGGUACUGCCCAGUGUGUAUGACCUCCCUCGAGUGGACAUCGGGAGUCUCAUGUCAGGGGGUGUGGCAGAGGCGGGGCCUGUGCAGAUCCGUUACUCCUCCAAGAAAGAAUUUGAAGUACUAGCCAAGAAACUCAAGAUAAUGUCCGACUUCAGAGGUGGUGUGCCGAGGACUGCCUACAAGGGAGUGGUGAGCUUCUCGUAUAGAGGUCGUAGGGUUCAUCUCGUACCACCGCAACUAUUUCAAUAUAACUCUCUGCCUUAGCUGAUACAUGGACCACCCCCUCUUGUGUUAUAUUGGUGUAUUAAGGCAAUGUCAUUUGCUUAAAUCUUUAGUACAAUAUUAUUAUUGAACAACAGUUA